AUGCGGCGCCAUAUUCCCAAGGAGCAGAAGAUACUAGCGUAUGAAUUGUCUUGCAUCCAUGGUCUCUCGGACAGACAUACCAUCAGUCGCAUCCGGAAGACCUUUCGGGACACUGGUGAAGUGGGACACCAACCAGUUUGUCAAGGACGACCUUGUGCCCUUGAUGGCUUAGAAUUCCUUGAAGGCUGCAUUGAAAGACAGCCUGAUAUGAUCCUCUCAGAGUUACAGGAGCAACUUAGGGAGGUCACUUGCUGUAACAACCAAGAGUUAGUUACUCUGGCACACACAGGAACACACUAUAAAGGUAGUGAUGAGGAAGUGGUUACCCCUUAA